AUGGAUAAGGGGAUAAAAGUUUUUAUUCUUUCAUUUUUCAUAUCAAUUCUGUUCCUAGUAAUAAUAUACCAUAUUCCUGCUGGCAGAGAACCAUCAUGGAGAAUUAAUAUAGAUAGUUUAGAUGAACAAAUCGAAAAUUAUGACCGUGCAAAUGUUACUGGGUUCGUUGAUCCUCUUAUUGGAACCGCUAAAGACGGACAUGUAUUCCCCGGCCCCUGUCUUCCUUUUGGAGUUGUUAAAGUAGGAUUCGACGUGGAAGGUCUAAAUUCUAACGCAGGGUAUAAAGUUGAUGGACAUAUUACUGGAAUAUCACACCUACAUGUUAGUGGAACGGGAGGUGAACCAAAAUAUGGUGUGAUAAGUCAAUUCCCGGUGGUGGAUUUACCAGAAAAUAAAUUUAGUAUAAAUGAUUACUUCUCAGAAAGAUCUUUUGAACAUUUCGAAGUUGGUUACUCAAAAUUUGGAUUAAAACGUUACAAUAUCACGGUUGAAUUAACUGCAAGUCAUAGAGUUGGUCUUCAUCGUUAUACCUUCCCCUCGACUGAAAAUAAUUCAAAAGUUAUCCUUGAUUUAUCUCAUAUUCUUUCUUUCGGUUGGGGAUACAUUGCCACUUUUGAAGAAGGUGCAAUAAUCUCUCUCUCCCUUAAUCAAAUAAAAGGAGUAGGUCAAUACAGAGGUGGUUGGAAUAGUAAUGGUCCUUACAGAGUUUAUUUCUGUUCUAAAUUUAAUGUCAAUGCUACUGAGCAGGCAACGUGGUGGAAUAACAGAAUAGAUAAAAAUACGACAUCUUGUGUUGGAACUUCCGGUGUUAAAAUUGGUGCAAUUCUAACUUUUGAUACUAUCAAAAAUCCUAUAAUUAUUUCUAAAGUUGGAAUUUCAUUUAUUUCGGCCGAUCAAGCAUGUGAUAAUGCUAAAAGCGAGAUACCUGAUUGGGAUUUUGAUAUUGUAAAACAAAAAGCUGUUGAUUCUUGGGAUAAUGAAUUAGGAAAAAUUAGGGUUGAAGGAGGUGAUAAAAACCUUACAAAGAUAUUUUAUAGUGGUUUAUAUCGAACUAUGUUAAUUCCAAGUAACAGAACCGGUGAAAAUCCAAUGUGGAAGUCAAUUGAUAAGAAUAGUAAUCUUGUACCAUAUUAUGAAGAUUUUUAUACUUUGUCACAACGUGCUGUAGAUAUUGCUAGAUCAUUAAUUGACAUUUAUGAGAAUGUAGGUUAUAUGCCUGAUGGAAGAAGUGGUUCAUGGAAUGGAAUUACGCAAGGUGGAUCUAAUGCUGAUAUGGUUAUUGCCGAGACAUACUUAAAAAAAAUAGAUAUAAAUGGUAAAAUUGAUUGGAACAUAGCAUACGAAGCCUUGCUUAAAGAUGCCGAAAUAGAUCCAUGGGAACAAGGCUUGUUCCAAGGUCGAUUACACUUAACCGAUUAUAAAAAAUAUGGUUAUAUUCCUUCCCCUUAUGAUCGCGAUCUUGGAUACAUUAACUCUCCAUGUAGUAGAACUUUAGAAUAUAGCGCUAAUGAUUAUAGCAUUAGUCUUGUUGCUAAAGGAUUGGGCAAAAAUGAUGACUAUAUAAAAUAUAAAAAUCGUGCAACUAGUUGGGAAAAUCUUUGGUGCUCAAAUAUAACUUAUAAUGGAGUGGAAGGAUUCAUAAUGCCAAGAUUUAUAAACGGCUCAUUCGAUACAAAAUGGGCAGCCGGUGAUAAUUUGGUAAAGGAUAUUUAUUCAUUUUAUGAAGGCACCUCAUGGGAAUAUAGUUUGGAUGUACCUUUUGAUGUGAAAAGGCUAAUACAGUUGUCAGGAGGCCCAGAACGUUUUGAAGAUCGACUUGACAAAACAUUUGCUGAUAAAUCAUUUUUAGGAGGCUAUUAUAAUAUAGGAAAUGAACCUAGUUUUUUUCAUACGUGUUUAUAUCAUUUUAUUGGAAAACAAUAUAAAAGCGUGGACGUGGUUAGAACUAUCAUGAAAACUAAAUUUGGAAUUGGGCAGGAUGGGAUUCCAGGAAACGAUGAUUCUGGAGCGAUGGGAAGUUGGUAUGCUUUUAACGCCAUUGGAAUAUUUCCAUUAGGAGGAACUGAUAUCUAUCUAAUAAACUCACCAUGUUUCGAUAAGGUUAUCAUAUACCUUUCAACAUCACCAUUAAAAACAUUUACGAUUAUAGCUCAUAAUUUAACGGACAUCAAUAUAUAUGUUCAAAAUGUUAAAAUAAAUAACAAAGAAUGGAAAAAAACCUGGUUUAGGCAUAAAGACAUUUAUGGAGGUGCUGUAUUGGAACUACAGAUGGGAUCUGAACCAAGUAAAUUUUGGGGUGUUAUUGGUGAUAGUGAAGAUAAUAAAGAAAUAGAAGAUAGGGUGGUUCCUCCUAAUAUUAAAAAUCUAUUUUUUUUAUAA